ACUCUUCUGCUUCCUGCCCGCCCGCCCGCCAGCCGGCCCGCCUGCUUCACUCGCCUCUCUGUGGCUGAGAAAGGGAGAGAGAGAGAGAGAGAGAGAGAGAGAGAGAGAGAGAAUCCCGUCUCGGCAUGGACCUCCGGCUGCAGCAGUCAGCAGCUCGCGAGGAAUGACAACAGUUCACAUGGUCAUUAACUCCAGUCGCUGAGGCUGAAGAGAGCUCCGAGCCGCAGAAACGCCGGGUGCCUCCAGUGUUUGGGACGAGAGACAGACAGAGGCAGAGCAGAGCGAUGGGACCCGGUGACACGAGAUCGCUGACAGAAAGUGCCUUGUGAGACGACGCCCCUACUUGAAGAUCCCUGAGUGUUUGCGAAGAGCUCCAGAUUCUGUCCCUCUGCCGCAGUGACAGGACCCGACUCGGCCACAAGCGUCCCCCGCCGCUCGCCUUGUCCUCAGCCGGCCGAGGCGCCGACGCCCGGAGGACGCAGACGACUCCCGAACAAUAGAAAGACACGAAGCGCGUCUCGCCGAACUGUGCCACCGCACCUGAAAAUAGCGCCGCGCAGGUAUCAUCAGUCAUCCGGGGACGUUUUGGGGACGCGGGUGCAGCCGGGACAGCCUGUCUCUGAGCAUGCUCCCCCUGCCGUGUCAGAGGUCUGCGCCCGACACUCUCUGAUUGAUGAUCAAUUAGAUGUCCGACUGACGGCCUCCACAGCGGCGUAGCGGCGCAGUCCCAUGCUCAGGUCAGCGAGACGCUCCCAGUCCAUCGCUUCCACUUCCCGCCUGCAAGGACAGAGCUCCCUCCCCCACCCCACCCAGACCAUCCAGACCUACAUGUCCCUCUAGUUCCCUCUUAUCGAUUGUUUUUAUUUUUUUUUUUUUUAUUUUGUAUUCUUUUUAACUGGACCUCGCUGAAGCUCCUCCCCAGAGAGGAGAGCCUCCCCCUUAAAACCCGAGUGGCUCUUCUCGGCUCCCCAGCCAGCGCCGCUGACAUGGCUCUGAACAUCGCCUCCAUACGGGACACUAAAUGGCUGACCCUGGAAGUGUGCCGGCAGUUUCAGAGGGGGACGUGUUCGCGCAGCGACGAAGAGUGCAAAUUCGCCCACCCGCCCAAGAGCUGCCAGGUGGACAACGGCCGGGUGAUCGCCUGCUUUGACUCUUUAAAGGGCCGCUGCACACGAGAGAACUGCAAAUACCUCCAUCCACCUGCUCACCUGAAGACCCAGCUGGAGAUCAACGGCAGGAACAACCUGAUCCAGCAGAAGACGGCCGCCGCCAUGUUGGCGCAGCAGAUGCAGUUCAUGAUCCCCGGCACCACCAUGCAGCCGGUGCAGACGUUUCCCGUCAGCCAGGGCCUGGGUUCCAGCGCCGGGCUGAGCUACACGCCCUACCUGACGCCCAUGUCCCACAGCAUGGGCCUGGUGCCCACAGACAUCCUGCCCAGCACGCCCGUCAUCGUCCCCGGCAGCCCGCCCGUCUCCGUGACCACCGGCUCCUCCUCCGGCCAGAAGCUGCUGCGCACCGACAAGCUGGAGGUCUGCCGCGAGUUCCAGCGAGGCAACUGCGCCCGCGGCGAGACGGACUGCCGCUUCGCGCACCCCAGCGACAGCCCCAUGAUCGACACCAGCGACAACACGGUCACCGUCUGCAUGGACUACAUCAAGAGCCGCUGCUCUCGCGAGAAGUGCAAGUACUUUCACCCCCCGGCCCACCUCCAGGCCAAGAUCAAGGCCGCCCAACAUCAGGCCAACCAGACAGCCGUGGCCGCGCAAGCCGCCGCCACGGCUGCAGCCAUGACUCAGUCGACUGCCAAAGCAAUGAAGCGACCCCUCGAGGCAACUGUAGACCUGGCGUUCCCCCACGGCGUCCUCCAGCCCUUACCAAAGAGACCAGCACUUGAGAAGAGCAACGGAGCGAGCUCCCUCUUCAACCCCAGUGUUUUGCACUACCAGCAGGCGCUGGCCAACGCACAGCUCCAGCAGCCCGCGUUCUUUCCCACAGGGUCAGUCUUGUGCAUGACUCCUGCUAGCAGUCUUGUCCCAAUGAUGUACAGUGCUACGCCUGCUACUGUCUCUGCAGCAACAACUCCUGCCACAAGUGUCCCCUACGCAGCAACAGCACCAGCCAAUCAGAUCAUCCUGAAGUGAGCGUCGGGAAGGGAGCGGAGUGUCACGAAGCCGCACUAGGAAACCCAAAACAGCCCCUGUGUAAAUACUACCUGGCCUCUCCCAUAGAGGUCCAGCAACCUGCAUGCUAAGAGUGUAACACUUCAGUUUAACCAUAAGAACUGCAGUGCCGGUGUAACACACACAGAAAAAAACCGAAAAAAAAAAAGAACAUAUACUAUAUGUUAAAAAAAAAAAACAACUAUUAACAUGAAAAAGUCCAAAAUAUUCUGAUGUAUAGACCAUACAUAGACACACUAUAGAGGUCAUUUAACCGUGGAUCCCCGUCUAUUUAUUCUACCAACCUCUGCACAACGUUGGACAGGAAGCACUCAGACUGAGAGGAGCGGCUGAGGACUGGCGCACCACCACACCUUCACCCCUCCUCUCCUCCUCCUUGAAUGUCCUCGGGCCAGACGGGCUCGCGUUUUCUCAACGUGACCCCCCAACCCCCCACCCCCACCGCCUGCUGCUGCUCUGCUGCUCCCCGCCAACUUCCCGCCUCCGGCGGCAUCUGGCCAAAGCCCGGCGGACUCCACCCGCCGGCGCGCGUCAGCCAGUCCCUCCACCUUCGCACGCCCGCCGGAACGGCGGGCGUUUUGGCGCCGGGGUCCGUGCCAAGCAAGGGCUGAAGAAAAGACGCACCAAGCCUCUCGUGUGUGUGUGUGUGUGUGUGUGCGCGUGCGUGCAGCAGCAUCUGGAGCAUCUGGAGCCUGAUGGGUCUGCCGGCAGACUGGGACCUGAAGCACCGGGUCUGGGAGAAAAGGGGGCUUACUGUGUGUGUGUGCGUGCGCGUGUAUGUGUGUGUAGGGGGAAGGGGAAGGUUGAGGGAUUUAAGUGCUAAACAAACAAAAAAAAAAACAAGUUAAAAAAAACCAACAAAAAAAACCCACCCCCGUUUGACGCCGCUGGUCAAACACGAAGCUGACUUGAACUUGGACUGGAGGGCUAUCUGUGAGCGUCGGUCGUCCUGUCCAACCCCACCAUCACCGAUAAUCCUGUUCCAUUUUAGAAAACUGUAGAAGUGCCUAAAAAGAUGCUCAUCAACAACAACGACGGCGGCGGCGGCGGCGCGCCGCGUCCGGAGCGUAUCAGAGGUCCGGCGCCGGCUCGGAGCCGCCCGGCCCCUUUAUUUCCUCCGGACGGCGCUCCGGAGUGACAAAGACAGAAAACGACAAAUCAAAAAUAGCUUUGUAGGACGUCUGGUGCGCCAUCGUUUCUUUCCAUGGGUUUGAGUAGUUUACAUGAGGAGAAAAAAAAACAACAACCACGUAUUGUAAACUGUGUAAUGUACGUAAAGUGUCUCUUACUUUGAGAGUUUCUAUUCAUGGUUUUAGAAAUGUACCCAGAGUUAUUUAAAGAUUUGUGUUGUGUCUACUAUCAAGGUAUGUUUGGACCCCCUCCCCACCAAAAAAAAACACAAAAAAAAAACAAACAAAACAAGAAAACUCCACCUCCCUGAACAUUUGUUUUCAAUCCAUGUUCUUUUUUUUUUAUGAUUUAACUCACAAAACUAAAUUUAAUGUAGAUUCAUGGUGCUUGAUUAACAUUGACAAUCCACAACCACACCAGUGGGAGAAAAGUGUGUCUGUCGGUUGUUUUCUGGGUUCCCAUCGUCCCCUCACCCAUUCUUGAUUUGUUGGUAACCUUGGUGGCAGGUGGUAAAAGUUCUAUUUUGUUGUAAUUUAUCUUACUCUUGCUCAAAUUUUAGUCCGAUACGAUGUUGUAAACUAUUCUAUUUUGACAUGAAUGUAAUUUAUUGAGCUGCGCCACGUGCUGCACGGCUGCUAAGUUUUUCAAAACACGAAGGGCCGAGCCCCGUCAGGUCGGCCAGCGAAAAGCCGCGCACACGCCCGAGGGGGCGGGGCUUAGCGAGCAGCCGCCGGAUCUUUUCUUGCCUUCUCAUCGAUUUAAAGGUCCGGGCGUUGCAGUUCAUGGGUACAGCCGUAGAGUCGCUUGUGUUGUUGGAGAAAAAAAAAAAAAAAAAAAAAAAGAUACAAAACGAAACAAAAAAAAAACAAAAAGUUUAUUGUAUAGAUGACAUUUUACCAAAAAAAUGUAUGAAAAUCUAAAAAAAAAAAAAAGAUGUACUUUUCACUCUAGUAUAAUAGUAUUUCAUAACAAUAUUAAGUUGUUGCCGUGGCAACCAAAUGUUGCGAUUACUAAAGUUGGGUAUUUUUGUAAAUGACAUUGUCGAGUUUUUUGUUUGUUUUUGUUUUGUUCAUUUUUUUUUUCUUUUUUUUGCUAGAACACUGUACACAAGGUAGAUUGUAAAGAAGAUCUGAACAUUUCUUAUUCUUCACUGAGAUUAUGACAAUGACGUAAUAUUUUCCUUAGCGGAUCGCAGCCUCUGUAGAGCUGCGACUGUAACACUUAGAGAUUUAAACUCAUCAAUGUUACAUAGAUUACAUAUAUAUAUAUAGAUUUAAAUAUAUAUAUAUAUAUAUAUACAAGAACUAAAUAAUCUAUAAAUGAAUAAGUUGAGAUGUACAACUCCUCCCCUUGACGACGGACCUUCAGGUUCCACUCGGAGACCUUUUUUGCGUUUAGGAUUGCACUUGCACUUGUUUUCAUUUCCUUCAGUUUCCACCGAGUUCGGACGAGUAAAUGAUCCGGUUGAUGCUCUCUGAUUCAACAUGUUGCAUGGACAAACGAAACUUUUUUUUUCUUUUUAUUACUUAAGACGAUAACGUGAAUGUUUUCAGUGAAAAAAAAAACAAACAACAACAACAAAACCCACAAUUGCCCUUGUGUAUGGAAUCCUGUUGAGAUGUAAUGUUUCUUUUCUUCUUUUUUUUUUUUUUUUUUUUUAAUGUGUCUGAGAAGAUUGACUGAUGGUUGGAGAAAAAAAGAAACGAGUCAAACAUAAGCACUUUCUGAGCAGUUGGUCAACUGAGCAGACUCAGCUUAUCCAAACACUUUGCCUUAUCUUGAGUCCAUCGUGCUUAAGGUUUUAUGUUUUUAAGGAAUCUCUUGCGGAGACGGGAAGCGGUCUCUCCUCUCAAAGCCCUUCGUUUAAGACGUUUAUCUUUAUAUCUUUUU